AGAGAGGAGGCAGUUCAGAACACUGGCUUGAGCACAGCCUCAGCGGGGCUGUAAGUGCUUGCCUUGCCUUACAAAAAAUAAGCCUCGAUUGUAGGAAGAAUAUUGAUGUACUGCAAAAAAACAAAGGCAAUUUCAUGCUAGUGAUAGAAGAAGAAAAAGAGGGAGGUGUCUGCUUCAGGUUUGUCCCCCACAAGUGACCCUCUGCUCCUGCUGAACCUCUAACCGGUGCUCCCAAACCUCCCUUAGGGAGUUUAGAUAACCAGGCUAAAAACUCUUUCCAGGUGGACAGCUGCUAUCUGUGACCUUCACUUUUCACUCUAAAUACUCCUUUUUCCCCUUCUUCUGCUCUCUUUCUCAUUUAUAACCUAUAAAGUCAUAGUGUGAGAGCAAGGGAUCUACCCCAACGGGUCACAGCAGCUGCCCCCAUAGCGCUCAGUGCUGGCAGGUGAUGCUGUUUGGGAGCCUGACCCCUCUUUGCCCUUCCUCCCUUCCCCAGUUGCAGGUGCUCUGUGCCAUGAGGCUGUGCUGGGGGCUGCUCCUGCUCACGGCAGCCCUACCGCUGGGGAGGGCGGCUGCCACCCGCUGCCCCACACCCUGCGUCUGCGACAACCUCCGCUCCCACGUGCUCUGCCGCAACGGGAGCCUGACAGCCAUCCCCGACACCAUCCCGCAGCUCACCAAAAUGCUGGACCUUCGGGGCAACGGCUUCACGGGCAUCCCGGUGGGAGCCUUCCUGGCCACCCCCUACCUCACCCACUUGGACCUGCAGCGCUGUAAGGUGGAGAAGCUGGAGGAAGGGGCUUUCCGGGGGCUGGGGAGGCUGGUCUACCUCAACCUGGCCUCCAAUGACAUAGCCCUCCUGUACCAGGAGUCCCUGGAUGGGCUGUCAUCCCUGCAGCAGCUCAUCCUGCAGGGAAACCGCCUCGAGGAGAUCCAGCCAGGUGCUUUCAGCCACCUGGGGUCCCUCACCCUCCUUGACCUCAGGGCGAACGCCUUGGUCUACCUCCCAGAUAUGGUCUUCCAGGGUCUGCAGGUCCUCAGGUGGCUGCGGCUGUCCCACAACACCCUCCACGUGCUGGGCACCGAGGCCUUCACCGCCCUGCCCAACCUGCGCAGGCUGAGCCUGGACCACAACGAGCUGCAGGCGCUGCCCGGCGAAGCCCUGGCCAGGCUGGACGCGACUACCCGGCUGGACCUGGGUCACAACCCCAUCACCUACGUGGCUGAGGAAGCCCUGGCCAUGGCCUCCCUGAAACACCUCUUCCUGGACCAUGCAUCCCUCCAGGCCGUGGCGCCCGAGGCCUUCUCCCGCAGCCCCCACCUGCGCACGCUGGACCUCCGCGGAAACCAGCUGCGGGGGCUGCCGCCCCUGGCCGGGGCCCCGAGGCUGGCGCGGGUCAGCCUGGCUGGCAACCCCCUGCUCUGCUCCUGCCUCCUGCGCCCCUUCCACGCCUGGCUGGCCCGGGCACGGGUGCAGGUGGAGGGGGCCUGCGCCGCUCCCGCCGCCCUCCGGGGCCGCCCCCUCGCCUCCCUGCGGCCUCAGGCGCUGAGCUGCAGCCUUCUCCAGCCGCCCCCCAGCCCCGCUGCGCCAACGCCGGAGCCGGGGGCUGCCAGUAGCACAAGGUGCCCCCGGGGCUGCUCCUGCUCCCCCGAUUUCCAUCACGGGUCCUGCAGAAACAGGGGCCUGCUGGAGAUCCCGCGGCGCUUCCCCGCAGACACCCGCCUCCUCGACCUGCGCCAAAACUCUUUCAGGACGGUGCCCCCAGGAGCCUUCCCGGGUCUGAAGGAGCUGGUGUCCCUGCACCUGCAGAGCUGCGGCAUUGAGGAGCUGCAGCCUGGGGCGCUGCGGGGGCUGCAGGGCCUGGUGUACCUCUACCUCUCCGACAAUCGCCUCUCUGCCUUGGCGGACACUGCCUUGCAGGGGGCCCCACACCUGGCCUACCUCUACCUGGACCACAACGCCUUCACCCGCCUGCCCGCCGCUGCCUUCCGCCUCCUGCCCCACCUCACCUCCCUCCACCUGCAGCACAACGCCAUCGCGCAGCUGGCGCAGGGCGACCUGGCCGGGGCCUCCGCACUGCGCUGGCUCUACCUCGCUGGCAACACCAUCAGGCACAUCGCCCCUGCCGCCCUGGCUCCUGCCAAGAUGCUGGAGAAGCUGCACCUGGAGGGAAACCGCCUGGCAGAGGUCCCCACGGCAGCCCUGCGGGGCCUGCCCGCUCUCAGCGAGCUCAAGCUGUCCCGAAACCCCAUCAAGCGUGUGGGAGAGGGGGCCUUCCUGCCCGUGGCCUCCAGCCUGCAGCACCUUUACCUGGACAACAUGGGCCUGGAGCAGAUUUCCCCAAGUGCCUUUGCUGGCCUCGGCCCCAAGAUCAGAAGCCUGUACCUUGAGAGCAACAAGAUGAGCAACGUUCCCGACAUGAGCAACUUCACGGGGCUGGAGAUCCUCAACCUGAGGGACGUGCCUUUCCACUGCGACUGCCGGCUCCUGCCCCUGCGCAGGUGGAUGGACAAGCUCAACCUCCGUGUAGGGGCCACUUGUGGCUCUCCUGCAGAAGCCCGGGGGCUGAGGCUGAAGCUUUACACCGCUUUCCAAGCCUGCCCUGCCUGGGGCCCCGGCGAGGCUGAGGGAGCCAAUCCUGAGCAGCCCAGCAAGAAAAAGAGAUCAGGAAAAGCACCAGCCCGAGGCUUCAAGAAGAGCGGAGCUUAGCAAAAGCACGGCUGUACCUACCGUCUGGAGAGAGCGCUUUGCCCAAGGUGUCCCCACCACAGCAACACAGACGUGGCACAAGGAGAGAGCUGUGCCACAGGACUCCUCUUUGUCUGACAAAGACGGAGGUAGGGUAGGGUUUGGUUUUCUGCAGGACACAACAGGUUUUUUCCCAGGGUGCCUUGGAAUGCAGCACGUUUGCUGCAUGCUUGGACAGCUCUGACAAAGGCACAUUCCUCCCAAGGCUUCCUACCUCCCAGCCCUGAGGGAAAAGGUGGAACACACAAGAUUGUUUUGGCAUUGGUUGGGUUUUUUGAGUGCUGUGCUUUCACAGCUUCAGGAACGACAGAAGAGCCCUGAGUGGGAUCAACACAAGAUCCCGUGCCAGCUCCAAUCUUAAGAGCAAGGAAACUUCCACAUGCUCCUCAGUGAAAACUGUGCCUGCAUUCCCAGCA